AUGGCGCUCGCGGCACCGGCAGAGUGGCUAUACGCACUCGCUACCGUCUCGUGGAGCCUGACUAUCGCCUUCAACAUAUACACUACUCCUAUCGUGGCGAAGAUCAAAUCUGCACGGGAUCAAGCCGAAAUCGAGCAAUUGGCGCCUGAACAGUACGGAAAAUGGACCCCAACUCCGAAAAGCCUGGAAUGUACCGACUAUAUUGCUCCUGGACAGGACGAGGGAACGGUUCAGGUCGAUCUUCUCUGGACGGGAUCGAGAACGACAGGAGAGGAAAUGACAAACUUGGAAGUCUGGAUAGCCAGCCUGGUUCGCUGCACGGCUAUACUGAAUAUUGCUCCAAUGAUGGUCACAACGCAUCCGGCCUCAGUCCGCCAAUCCGAGCAAGGGCCUGGAGAUAAUCGACUUCAACCUACAGCACGCCCAAGCGAGGGCAGUAAUACGGCCUUUGACAACAGAGUCUUGAUUUCCUGGACGAGCAAUGUCGUGCACUCCCCGCUAAUGAUCUGGUUUCGGACGGUUUCCUGCUGA